UGGAUCCACCAGCAUCCAUUGCACAGUCACCUGCAGACAUCGAAGACCAGCAAGGAGCUCCACAAACUGUAGUACAAACACCAUCACAGGACAUUACACUGAGGCCUCCAGAAGUAAAUUGGGUGAGUUUUCUCCCCAAACAAUUCUGUCGAGUGCUCAAACCAGCAGACCAGAAAUGGAUAGCUCAGUGUCUGUAUGACAGCACAGGGCGACUGAAGCAGCAGUUUUCACAAAACUGGUUUCAUCCACCAAGUCCCAGCAAGCCUACUACUUCACCUCCUGAUCCAAGCUGUUACUUUAGGCAGGAGGUGUUUCUGUGGGCACCAAUGAGGAUGUGGGGUAUUCCUCUGAAAUGCACACAGUGCAAUAGGAAGAUGCAUCAUUCAGGCUUUACACUAAAGCUAGGGAAGUCAUUGAUGUUGACUCCAGAUAUUACCCAAUCGGAGUGGACUACCCUCGCUGCAGUAAGUGUAUGAUUCCUGUCUGCCCCUGGAGUUCAGAGAUCCUUAAACAGCUGGAUCCCUCCCACAGAAAUAAAUUCCCCGCUGUUCUCACCACUCACCUUGCCCUUGACAGGAAGUGUUUGACUUUGCUAAAGCCAAGAACUGCAGGAAACAGCUCCAGUUUCUUGCAACAAGCGCUGGAAGAAAUUCAUAGUGAGGAGUGGGCAAGACGGACUAUAGACUACCUGACAGACUGUGAGCUUCACAAAAAGAGAUGUGCCCUGACCCAAUCAGAAGUGGUUUAUGAGCAGCCUCCACCUUUUUGCCCCUUACCGCUGGCACAGUGGUUUGAGACUGCCCAUGCCAAUGAAAUCCUCAGUCACCUUGAUGAGCUUAAGGGUGUUGUAACAUCAACAUAUGGUAGCAUCCUGAAGCUUGAUUCUACCAAAAAGAUUACUAAAAAGCUUGCUGGUGGCAUUGCGGACACUGCUACCUGGAUGACCAACAUUGUCAAUGAGUUUGGCCAAGUCCUAAACUGUGUCCUAACCACUGGUGAGGGAGCUGGCUUAGAUGACUUGUGUCAGGGCAUUGUGAAGCGAUACAAGGAUGCUGGGGAGCCAGAUCCAGCUGCGAUUUAUGUUGACAGGGACUGCUGCAGCGAGACAGGUGUGACUCCAGUUCUUACCUGGUUUCGACCAUGGAAGGUCAUAGUGCGUCUCGAUGUUUUCCACUUCAUGCGACGGUUCACUGCUGGUCUUACAACAGAGCACCAUCCACUGUAUGGCACUUUCUGCUCCAAGUUGUCCAGUUGUAUCUUUGAAUGGGACAAGGAUGACAUAUCUCGUCUUAAAGAAGCGAAAAAGACCAUGCUUUUAAAAAAACAUCAGGGGCAUAUUCCAACAGAGGCCCAAAUCCUGUCAAGCAUCACUUCCAGUGAGCUGGCCAAGCACUGCAGGAGGAGGACACGUGGAGUUGAAGAAACUUGUGACUUGAUACAAGGAUUGCUGGACUCCAUGUGGGAGCUGACGGACACGACUGGUUUGCGCAUCAUCAAUCCAGAGAGCAUGACACACGUUUGGGAGGUACAACAGAAACAUUUACCCUGCAUCCAAGACCCGCCUGGUGUUCAGCUUUACACAAAGCUGGGCUCUGGGUUACAGAAGGGUGACAAGGUUCUGGAUGUACUGCGGUGUGGCAGAGGGUCCUCUUCUCUGGAAAGCUUUCAUCGCCAUCAGUGCACUUUCAUUCCAGGGUGGAGAUGUAACGCUCUACAUACUCAGAUGUACAUGCUUGAGGGUGCAUCGAGAUGGAACAUCAACCGGGCUCAUCAAGCUGUGGACAUGAGUGGUACAUCACAAACUAAAAUCUAUGAUGUACGUUUAAUGUAUGAAAAUCAUUCACACAUUAAUGUCCUCAGCAACCGAGUCCUCGGAUCUGCACUCCUGCAAGAAUUCAUAGCCCCUGGGAAACCCACUGAUGAGCGUAUAGCAGUCGAGUACUUACUGGCACAAUCUGGCAGAGGAGACCUACUUUAUCCACUGGAGCCAGGUGAAAUAACUCUGCUAGAGAUGCAGGUUGAAGUUCAGGAGGAUGAGUGUCUGGAUAUCACAGUAUGUGAUGCAGCGGACAUCAGUUUAAACACAGACACUAUUGGCAGUUCCAGCAGUCAUGAUUUAUUGACCUCAUCUCUGGAAACCAGUGUUCCAAGUGGUGGCUCUCACAGUCCUGACAUUGAAGACAUGUCCUGCGCUGGGCCCAGCACAUCAGCUCCGAACCGUAGAUGUGAUUCAAGAGGUGUUCCUGGAUGGGAGUCGGUGGAUAACCUGGCAGGCUACCUCAUCAGCCUCAACCGCACUAUCACUGCUUUGUCAACCAACGAGAUAGCAGAGAUCUUGCGGCUGUAUUCGUGUCUGCAUUCCAUUGAUCAGUCCCCUUCCAAGUAUUCCCUUAAGUGCAAGAAAAAGAUCUUGCCAGGUCAUUGGAGAGCUUCUCGAAAGCGUAGUGGCUCAGCCCCUGGUCAGCAAGCAGCUGAGAGACUGUUCAUGACCCAUGGCCAGGUAGCCCAGAGACCUGAUGUCAACAGGAUUUCAGAAUGCAUCGCACUCAAGCUUUUGAAGGAAUUCAGGGAAGCCAGAAACAGGCCUAAAGACAAUAAGGGCAAAACCUUUCCAAUUGCUCAGGCAAUUGUGAUAAUGUAUAGUCACAUCAAGCAGCUGCUUGAAGACCGCCGAGAGCUGCUCGACAAGACCAACCUGGUGCUAGUUACAAUCAACAACACUACAGUGUCAUCUUGGUGA